AUGACCAUAUUUGGUCGUGGGUCGGCCUCGAGAAAAGAAAAUACAAGAACUUCAAAGCCCACGGCAUUGCUCGAUGGCGUAACAACACCGGCAACGGGUUUCGGUAUCCGUUCCUAUCUUCAUCAAUUUUAUCAAUCGCCAACUGUUGAAGAUAUUGAAUCUUCUGGAGCCUGGUACCUUUUGCCACCACCACCAGCACAGCGGACAGGACUUUGGCUUUGUCGUGUGUUGACCGUUUUUGGCCUAAUCCUAUUGAUUGGCGGAGCGGUCGCCAUUGUUGUCGGCUAUACUUGGCCUCAUGAAGGAGUCGAAGAAUCGAUUGCACGAAUUGCCGUCUAUCAGGAUGAAGAUGGAAGCUUUUAUGUUCCACCGGAAAAGCUUGCUGAAAUAUUGAAGGAUCCGAUGCGUCGUUGGAAAAUGUUUG